AUGAAGAAAGCUACAGAAGAUGCGAAGAUAGUUGGAAAGAUAUACCCUUCAAAGGUGGUGGCAAAGGCAACUGUUGUUUCUGCUAGUCCAGUUACUUCAACUGUGAUAACAACAGUUCCAAUUCCUAAACCAAUUUCAAAGGGAGUUGUCAUUGGAAAGCAAACAGGUGGAUCUUCUUCAGAAAAAGUUGAUCUAUCAAAAAUAAGGGACAAGGGCAAAGAGAUACUGAUUGAAAAGUCCAAAGAAGAGAAGAAAGCAGAAGUGGCAGCUGAAGUAGAAAAAAUGAGACAUGUACAGAGCAUAAUGAGACAAAGGGCUCUGGAAGGUUCAAAUUUUGAUAAGGGUGAUCCAUUAAAAGUGUAUAAUUACGAAACCAUUGAAUCCAGGGUGAUGUUUGAUCAUAUGUAUUCGUCUGAAAAGAUCCCAAAGAAAAGCUACGUGGUGACAAACACUGAUUUUUCUCAACUUGAUUUCCCAAUCAAUGAGAUGAUGUUUUUCAUGCCACAGUUUAAAGCUGAGUCAAAGAUAAUGGAAACAGAAGAGGGAAAGAAGAUGAAAAUAAGGUUUCAUGCUGUGUUGGCAAAGGCUCAGGAAGAAGUUUGGUUUUUGGAGAAGAUAAGAAAAGUGAUAUCUUUCAAAAGAGAUGUCAUUUUCGAAGGGAAGAUUGAAAAUGUUAAAUACAUUGUUGCAAGGGCAAGUGGAAAAAUUCAAGAAUUUACGGUGACAAAUUUUCCUUUAAUGAAUACUUAUGAUCUCAUCAAUGUCGCCCUGAUGCUUAAAGACAAAUCAUUUUCAUUUCUAAAAGAUAUUGAGCCUGAUGUUUUUAGCCUUGGGUGCAAGCACAUAAAAAUAUACAUGGAAAAUUACUUCGAGUGCUUGGCUCAAACAGAUGUGGAACUUGAAAUAGUGAAAGGAAUUGACAUAAUUGCACCAAUGGCACCAACAAAGAAGCAAUAUGAGUUGAACAAGUAUGAAGAUGGUGAAGUUUGCUUAAAACCAUUGGGGAUAGUUUUUGCUGGCAAGGAUAAAGCUGGAAGAGCUAAACGAUUUUUGUUCCAAACCUGUGAAGUGGAGAGAUACAGCAAUUCUCAGUAUACGAACUUAAUUGGUCGUAUGAACCACUACAAGAAAAACUCUGAAGGAGACAAGAAAGAGAUAAAGAAGGUUAUCUCUUGGUAUACGGAGAUCCGAAGAGUGAUGAUGUAUGCCGUUCAAGCACUGACUACUUGA